UUCAUGCUUGACUGGAGACAGCACCACCAGCAGCUUUUCUUCAGAGAGAGAGAGAGAGGGAGAGUGAGAGAGUGUCGGAGAAAGAGAGGGAUGUACUCCUUAAUAGUUCCACUAAGGGAGUUUUGGGGCUGUUAGAUGCUUCUAUUGCACUGAAUAAUGUUUCAGAAUGCUCUGCUCUCUGCGGACGUACAAGGCUUUCAGGUUAUUCUGAACUACAAAGAAAACCUAGAAAAGGAGAUAACACUUUAUCAUUCCCUGGUGGGAAACUGAGGCGCUAAUGAUGCUCUCCGAAGUAAAAAACAGUUUUUGGCAUUUCAGUUCAAGGCAUUUGUUCGGGCUAAAGGCAGGAUUUUUUAAUGUUCCAGGCGGUUACCGGGGCAGCAGUAGAGAAGUGUAUUUAAUUCUGAAUGUGUGAGUCCAUGUGAGGGUCGCCAUGGAUGUGAAAUCUGAGAGCUGGCGACGGCCACCUAAGUCCAGGCAGGAUGGCACCUCUCACCUGCGCAGGACCCCAGAGUGGAGGAGAUCUGGAGAUGAGAGCUACUGGGAGGGCCAAGUGGCACAGGCGGAUAGGCCUCCUCGUGCAGCUCGUCCACAGAGCUGUAUUGAAGGCAGGCUGAUGGAUGACUGGCUUCACACUCUUGAGAUGCUACAGGCUCACCCUGGUCAACAGCAGGUCCCCACAUUUGUCGACAAAACUGCAUCAAUGCCUGUUCUUACAAACAAGAUGGUCACUGGAUCCCUAAACUAUCCAUGUUAUCCAUACUUCCAGAAAAGGGAGUGGACCCCCAGCAUAAGCCGCAGCCCUGGAGACAGCUCUCUGGACAGUCUGGACUCACUGGACUCUGGACUAGAUACCCACCAUAAGGCUCAAAUUAAGGUGGCACCUAGCGCUCAGAAGCCCAAACUGUGCCGCCUUGCUCCGGUCAGGAUCGGCUGGCUUCCCCUACAGAGACACGUUGUAAUGACGAGCAGCCCGAAAACUGCCCAUCACCAUGGUAACACCAGUCAGGUGAAGCUGAAGCCUCCCAUCACUCCUGUGUUAAGCAGCACUUCUGUCAAAGCAGCUGGAUCAGAAUCAGGAGACAGGCCAGCUGAGUGGAGUGGAGUUGGAGUAUCUUCUGGAGUCCAGCGGCCUUGGAGGAUCCCUGGACACAACUCUACACAGGCCGCUGGCUCAGGGAACCACGCUCCAGUGGGAAGAGCCCACGACGCAUUGCAUGACCUCACCAGCAGGGGGCAGAUGCCUCGCUCUCAGAACAAUGAGCUUCAACCCAACAGCCUUAUGUGGACGACUUCAGCGCAGAGAAGAGGAAGCGUUCCACAGUUGUCUUCCUUCACCGAUGGCAGUCCUCCUCCCAAACACAGCAGCUCCAUAUCUUCCAUCACUAUUACCUCCAGGAAGGUCGUUCGAUCCUCCAGCCUGCCAGACUCGAGCCUUCCUCCUCAGGCUGGAGGGAGGGCACCAAGCCCGAUGGCCAUAAACAGCCACCAGACAGAUCUUGCAAAGUACCCACACAGCCAAUACUCAAGGCAGGUCACUCCACGGAGGAAAGCUGUGGUGGUCAAAGUUACAGAGCAGAGAGCAGAAACCAGUAGAGUCCUCCAGGCUUGUGAUAAAGACAACCCUGUUGAUACUUUCCCCCGUCAGAAGGCUGGAGAAGGCUCAUCAUCUUCUAACCUGCCCAUUCGAAGAAGCCCUGCCCCUGCUAGCUUUAACCUGACCAGCAUUGAGAACCAUACCACACCAGACAAUUUAAGUGUACCUGCCAGAGAUAACUUCCCACCAGGCGUUUCUAGUGUGGCCAGCAGAGAUUCCUCAGUUCUCUCCACUCUGGCCACUCCAGAAACCUAUCAGCCAGUGGUGCUCAGGAGAAAAGCCACCAUUGUGAAAGUGGAGCACAGAGAGAGCUACAGGCGUGAGGCCAAAGGGAGACUGGAACAAAGGCACAGCUACACCGAAGGCUUCAGAGCCACCCGUUCUGUAACAUUCACAAGAAAUCCAUCAUAUGCUAACACCGAACCAUUGCUAGCUAAUGAAUCCAGUCUUGCUGAAUCUGUACAGGCAGGGAAGAGUAACGAGGAAGUAAAAGAACUCCAUAGAUCUACACUAUCCUUCCAGCUGAGUAGCCCGUCCCCCAAAGGACCACCCCUGGAUAACUCUCACAGCCCUGUGGGUAGCAGGCCCCGCAGGCCUGCUAGCUGUUACGCUAGUAUGUUUAUCCCUCCUGAGCCAAGUGCCAAUGAUUCUAAAGAUCCUGGAUUUCAGAGCACGAGUUCUGCACUUCCCCAAAAGACAAAUAUUGACCCUGGGAGCUCCACUGGCAGCAGCUCAAAUAGGCGCUGGAGCACCGGUGGAGGGGCAUGGAGCCGUGACGAGAUUUACCCAGGGAGAGACAGCUCUGCUGGGGAUGUAGGGCAAAGGCAAAUAGAGCCUGCUGUCCUAGGGAACCAGCCACCUUUAACUCUUAUCAAAGUGCCAGAAAGCUCAGCUGAGGCCACACGUAAUGCUGUAGUGGCUCUGAAUGCAGCUGCAGUUAUAGCCAAUAUAAAGCGGCAGAGCCAGCAGAGAAAGAGAGCGCAGUCCCACGGCAGCACCAAGGGAGACAUAGACCCAUUAUCUCAGUGCAAAAGUGCAGAGCGAGAUGGAGGUGAUGAAGUGUGUAAUGGUGAGCAGCGUGCAGAAGUGGACCUCCCUGUGGAGCACAGGACAACAGCAUGUGUGAAGCACUGGCACGCAGAGUUUGUCCCGUUCCAGACCACAAACAAGUCUCCAUCAAACACAGACACACUCAGCAAUGCUCUGGAGCGGCAACGGCCAGACUUCAUCAGACACUCAAAGGCCAGAGUUCAGGCUCUGCAGAAACGAGCGCGAGAGAGACGUCAACUGCCCUCACACACACCAACACAAACAACUAUGCAGAGUCAGAGAGAUAACAUUUUCAAAUCCCAGGACAGAAAGAUCUCAGCGAAAAAACAACACCAACAACAAUUCAGACAGAUGUACAGCCACCUGCCAGAAGUGAAGAGGAGGAAAGAGGAGGAGAGGAGAAAGUUAGCAUCUCAGACCAACAGAUUGAGGGCCGAGCUCUUUAAAAAGAAAAUUCUGGAGAAGGUCCUUCACAGAGGGAAAGACUGAAGCACAGUAAGAGGUCGAUGAUCUCUUCUUUCUAUAGCCUGUCCAUCCUGUACCAGCCCAGUGAAGCACUGCCAAAACUCGUCCUCUCUCUCUCAGUGUAUCAGACAGUGAACAAUGUCCUCAUAAGCAUUGACAAUAGCUCAGCAGAUCCCCUUCUACAACUACUCCACUGACUCAUUUAUCAAUUCCUACUGACAUGCAGAUUAAGCAUGCUAGUUUGUUUUAUGAGGACUUGUGAUCGCAUCAUUUGACAUGAGAAUCAGCUGCAGUAGAAUUCUGAGUGUCUACAAGCUGUCAUGUGAAAUCAUGUUUAUUAUUUAAACCUAGUAAGAUGAAUAUGUGGGUGGGGAGGAGUUGUUCUGUGAUUGACAUGCUCUGUAUUCUGCUGUGAGAUUCAGAUUGAUCACUAGUCAGACGACAUCGUCCUAAAAUGACUCUCUGUUGAAUUAACACUAACUUUUCUUGCAAAUACCAGAAGUCAAUAAUCACCCAAAUCUAUUCUGUAAAUAUUUUCCCUGAACGUAUUUGAAUUCACUCAAAUCCAGGUCUUCAGCAUGAAAAUUCAAUAAUAGCUAUUUAUAAAAAUGCAACUACAGAUAUUGCUAAUAUAAACAGCAGUGUCAACAUGAUGGGCAUGUAUGCGAAGAGGAGGUCAGAAUUCGGCACAGCACAUUGUUGUCUAACCGCUGCCCACAGCGUCCACAGGGAAUCAUACCGUGUCUUAUACCACAUCAACAAGUCUGUGCAACCUUAGUGAAGCCCUGGAUGUGGUUUGAGUGGGUCAGGAGCUUUUUUGGGGAUGUAUUUAUAGAAACAUUUUGGGGGACUGAAGAGCUAAAUUUGAAUGCCAAACUGAGGCUGAUCGACUACAUCUAAAGUGGAAAAUGGUGUAAUUUAAAUGUUUCACUGAACCAGUCCUCUUAAACAACAGUGCUUUUAAGUGUUGCAGUUAAUAAUGUACAAGGCAUAGCAUUAAAUAUUUUGCCUUAAAUUUGAGCUUUUUAACAUCCCUGAAUCCACUUUUUUCUUUUUACAGAUACUAGUCAACAUCUGAAAGCUUUUGAUGCAUUUAUGCUCUCUACAUCAAACAGGAUGAGAUCUCUCAGAGCCUUGAAUAUACAGUAGCUCUGUAGAAUAUGUAUAUUCAAAAACCAUUAAACGUGUCUCAUAACAAAUCUGCUGGAGUGCUGCAUGAAUGACCCACACUGACACUUAUCACUGCAGCCCUUCCUGUUGUUUCUAAAGGAGCUGUCCAUGCCCAGGCCAUGACACAGGAAUACUCUGCAUUAUAGUUCUUGUGGAGAGAACGAGCCUCAUUCACCGACCGUUCUCAAGGAGAAAUUUCUUCCUAAAACCCACUUACAUUCACCAAAGUUGUUCUUAGAUCUACACACACUCAAGGGCACAGAGGUGUGAGCAUUUCUGCACUUUAAGAACAUGUCAUGAAUCUGACAUUGACUGUUUCUUGGGACCUUUCUUAAGAAAAAAUCAAGAAAAAACUGUAUGAGGCCCAAAGCUCUUAAGUGCCAAAUGGCCACCUGAUGUUCUUUCUACCUAUUGCCAAUGUAGAGGAAUGAAAGAAUUCCAGUAAAUCAAGUUAAAUCACACCCAUUUGCUGCUUACCUAUUACUCCAGACAUUAUUUUUUAGUAUUAAGUAAGUAGCGAGUGCUGACUACAUAUGUCUGCUAGGAUGGACUGAAGAAUAUUGCUGUCCUCCUGAGGCAGAAGAAAUGUGGCAAGCACAUAAGUGCAUUACUUGGCUAUUAUGAACAGUAAAGGGAUUCUCCUUGGGGCAAAAACACUAUGUUUUCAAACAUUAUCACAUGCCACAGUGCCAGAUGAGCCAGCACACAGUCUCAUGAUUUUCCAUAGCAGACAGAUCUGCUCCAGGAUGGGAUGGUAGAAAAGCAGUGCACACUGGAAAAGCAGGAUAUUUUACAUAUGUAAAUUUGCUGAACUGUCCCAGUAUAGCAUAUCAUUUCAGUGUACAUUUGGCCAAUGAUCAAAAAGCAUAUCGCUGUUGUUGGAUCAAAACCUUGUGUCUCCAAAUUGUAACAUUACAGAACAAGGUAAAAACAUGCUCUACUUUUAAUGUAAAACUUUUUUCCAAGUAAUUUUAGGUCAUUUCUUUUGGUCCAAUCAUCAUGGAAUUUACACACAAUUUAUUUGACUACUGGCAUUUUCAAAUUAUGUCAAAAGCUGAAAAACGACAAAAAUGGAGAUACAAGGUUUUGUUCCCAACAGCAGCAAUAUGUGGAGUCAUAUGUAUAAGUUGCUGUGCUAAUUUUAUGCAUAAAUCUUAUGUAUUUAGUGAGUUGAACAUAUCAUAAAGACAACAUCAUAAAAUAAAAGAUGUGUCGUAAUAUUUGAA